AUGCCAGCUACCGGACAGCUUAACGAAUCUGCUUUCGGACACACCGAAGCGUUGUCUGCCCUCAUGAACGAGUUUUUCACCAUGUACCCUGGAGCCAAGAGUGCCUAUUCGGUGGCUUCAGCCUUAAGUGGAACCACAGGCCUACAGACCUUUUCUGGCCAAGCCCCGGUUGCAGCCCAGAGCAAGUGGAUUCCUUACUUCCAAGGAGUUUUCUACUGUCACGAACAUGUUAAAGUUCAUUUUGCACUUCAAGGAACAUUACAGUUUAACACAAUAGAUGUGUAUAAUAAUGAUACAGGAUUGCAAUUGCCACUAGUAUUCCGGACAGCUAAAACGUUUGACAUGAAACCAAAUUAUUUUGGUUACAUGGUGAUGGGCCACGGCACCUUGACCAAGCCGCUGGGCGCUCACGCCGAAGCUCAUUGGCACCUGACAGUCCUCACUUCCAAGAAGGACGUCUUCCAUGUCUGCAACAGUCCAUACGCCGAUUGCUGCCGUGAGAUAGCUCUCCCACCAUCUUCGAAGCUGCACAUAGAUUCCCUUUUUGUCCCAAACAGGAGGAACAUCUUGGGAGGGAUCAGGUUGUUUGUGAUGCAGCAUGGGGCUGUCAGUUUUAGGGCUGCUGCUAGUUCUCCUGAAUUAAAGUUGGUAGCAACCCUUCGGCUACAUCAUGACGAUGGUAGUACGGAAGUUUUGGACAAAUGUGAAGGAACGGGCGAGGUGUUCUGGCCCUACAUCAAGGUGGAGUCUGGUGUGCCCCCGAUAGUGAAAACCAAGAGUAUUUCGGCGUCUCGCUCCCAGGCAUAUAUAAGUCAUAUAAGUGCGACUCAACUGGGGAAAAAAUCGAGAAUAGGCAGUGCUAGUGCAAAUUUGAAACAAAGAUCUGCUAAUAAGCUAGGACUAACUAAGGAUGUCAAAACUUCAACCAGUCUGCAAGCCAGAACAUAUACAAUUGAGUGA